AUGACUGAUUAUACAAAAGUUCAUGUAUGUUCUUUAAGUACAAGUGCUCUAAAACGCAUUAAUGCUUCUAUUGAAGAGCGUGAACAAGAUGAUGAAGUUAAAAUGCAAUUAAAAUGGUUAAAAGUUGCAAUGACUCUUAAUUCUCAGACUCAGCUUCAAAAUAUUUACUCACAUUUAGGAUCAAGAGGCAAAGAUCCGAAAUUCAGAGCAAUUAGAAUGUCCAGAUACUGGAAACAAUGGAGACGUCAAAUUAUUAGAGGAGAUUGGGAAGAUCUCACCCAAAGCUUUAUCCAUCAGUGCACACUUAAUGAAAUUAAAUUUAACAAAGUUGAAUUGAACCGUUGCCGCUCAGAACUCGCUGCUCGUCAUUAUCGAAAGAAUCCUGCCAUUAAAUUCAACCCUCUUGGUGUUCUAUUUAAUAAUAGUGAUCUCGCUUACAUUAAAUCAUAUCAGGUACCAGCUACAUGCAGUCCUGGUUACGCUAACCACGGUAUCAAAUUCUUAGAGACAGAUGACCUCAAGACUAUGACAAUGGACAUAUCUUCAUCUGAUAAUGAAGGUGCUCACUAA